CAUUGGCAUCCUUUUUCUGUCCUUAACACAAAAUCUCCCGUCCCUACUCAAUAUCUGUAUUCGACACACCCGGUGAAAGAAUACAUCCCUUGAACACAAAAUGUCUUCCCUCGAAAGGCGGAAGGCGCUCGAGAACUGUGUGAAAUUCAUGCAAGACCCUCUCAAGCAAGCACGACACGCGGUUCGCACCUGUGACGCGACCUUGAGUAAGGUAACCCGAGAAGUCCACACGGCAGCUGCGACCGAUACUCCACGCACAAAAGCUUUCAGGACCGCCCUCACUACGAACAGGCUCCUCCGUGCGGCUCAUGGGGAGUACCGACAAGUGGUUUCGGAGAUGUCAAAGGAGACCUUCCAAACGUUCUCAGCCGCAGCUACCAGUCAUCCGCAUGAAUCCUCCUCGGCUAUCAGUCCCAAUCCCGGCGAGUCCCCACCUGAAAUCGAUGAUGAUGGGGAGGCGGGCAACAUCAAUGAUCAACGAUACGUGCCUGGGUCCAGCAAAAUUUCACAAGUCAAGAAGAGUCUGGAGCACAAAAGGGAGCAUGCACGUCUCCGGAAGGCGAAGUCCAGAAGCAAGGCGAAGAGUGCGGGCAGAUUGAUCUUCAGCAGAUGAUUCGACGAUUCAAGGACAUCGAGGCAUGGACCGCUGGUGAUGACGAGAUCUGGAGAGUUGGGUCUCCUGCCGCCAUUCGUCACGCUCUCAGGGCAAGAUUGGCAGGUCGCGGGGCCAGUCACGAAGUCGAUUGACGUACGAAUUGAGCCAGUCUUUGCAGCCGAAGUGAGGUGGCUAUAGAUUCCGCCUUGCAGUUUAGGAAUG